CCUUUUUGAUAUGACUUCUUCUAUUUACAGCCAUCAUCAGUACGGGAACAGCGACUUUUCUCCAGGCUAUGAAUCUAUGACAUCGUGUGAUAAGCCAACAGUAGACCAUUUAAAGAAUGUUUUUGAGGUUGAAAGCCUAGCGAUUCCCGACAACACAAAUGGUGGCGACACCGCAGCCCAAAGGAAACUGCGACCACCAGUCAAUUCAACAAGGCAACAACAAAAACAGCAUCCAGCAGAUCUUGCUACGGAAAUUGGCAGUAGCCUUGUUGCCGAAGUACGAAGAUUACGUUGCCAAGUCAAGGAACUAGAAGCAACCUGGGCGUCCGAGCAGCAAGAACACGAGCAUGCGGUGCGACAGCGUCUUCAACUGGAGAAACAGCAAGAUGGUAUGAAAGACGAAAUCUGGAACUUGGAGCUUGCAAAGCAAGAGUUAGAAGAACAUCUCGAAACGACCAACACCAAGCUAUCUCGGAUGUCUGCCGAAUGCACUCGGCUGGAAAAGCAGCUUGAACAAAUCCACAACAAAUCUGCGGAACAAUGUAGAACCGAACAGGAAACAAACAAUGCCGCACGACAGCUCGAACAGCAUCGUCUCACGUUAGUCAAGGAGUUACGAGCACUGAAAAAGGAAAACGCCCAUUUACACCAGCAAUUGCAGACGGCCACUACGGAAACCAAUCUAUGGAAGAACAAGGUAGCCCUUUCAACAGACAACAAAAACCAAGCUUCGUCGUCCCCACCGCCCAAAUCCGCACUCCCACCUGAUCCACAACCAUCAUCACGCACAGACGAGCCAACAACAACGCCUCCAGGAUCACCCCCUCAACAACAUGCGAUAGCUCAACAACAACAACAGCAUCAUCAUCAUCACCUCGAGAAAGAAACCCUACAACAGUCGCUAGCUCAUGCGCAGGAAAUUAUUUCGAGCUUACGCACGACAUUGCAUAAGGAAAAGCUGGAUGGGAUCGAAACCAAAAAGUUGCUGGCCGAGAGUCAAGAAACAAUCGAAGAUCUGCGGCGCGACUCUAUGACGAACCAGUCUCAUAGACGAAAACAGCAUCGACGUUAUCGUGCUCGACAAGAAAAACGCAAUAGCAUGACCCACGUUGCGGAGAGCGGUGAAAGCGAUGAUAACAAUGGCGAACAUACUGCUGAUAAGGAGGAGAGUGAUAAUGGCGGAGGCUCUGGCAUUGAAGGGAAACACAUGCAGAAUUCCUUGUUCAGUGAGCUCCAAAGCUCUGGGAUCAACACGAACACGAACACCAACAAUAACAGCAAUAGCACUACUAUUAAAAAUGGUGAAGCACAAACCGACAAGCUGAAUAAAAUCAACGUAGAGACGCAGACAGACGAACCUAUUACCGUGGUUACUGUAGAUGCUGUCGUCCAAUGUAGCAGCAACGUCGACGAACCGUUGCUGUCUUCAAGAUCAGCUCAACAACAACAACAACGAGUAACCCAACGACACAACUACCUUGAGCCUAUCAAGCGUGCUCUCCAUGAGACAUCGACAACUCUACUCAAUCGGAAACAGCGAUCUAACACAGCCACCACUGUGCGUCCUGUAGCUACUAUAUCCACGCCACCUACAUUAUCUUCAGCAGAACAUCCACCAAAGCAACAGCAGAAGAAUUCCCCUCAUGUGGAAUUUGCUCCUACAACAAUUGGAUCCCUUGGAAAAUCGAAACUACUGGAAUAUGCAUCCAAAUACAACGACACCUUGCCUAAAUCUCCGUCACGUGCUUCCAAUACAGUAACUUCACCUCCACCAACACCAAUCCCGUCGUUUUCCAUUGCAACGCCCAGAGGAAGUACUGUCACUGUUCAGGAUCGUAAUUCUAGUAAAGACACAGUGUUUCCAAUCACGUCGGUAUCCGAUAGCCUUACCACCAAACGACAACGACGCCCUUCACGAACAACAGCUGUUAAUAAGCUGAACACUUUAAACGAGAUGGAAGCAACAGCCGCAGGAUUGAGAAAUGGUGCUGGUAGCGACCACGAAAAUGUCACAAUUGAUCCAGCCAUCGUGGAAGCUGUGACACAGACCAUGAUUGGCAGUUGGAUGUGGAAGCAUACUCGGUACUACGUCAGGGGGAAAAACGGUAUUUCACACCGCAAAGGGCAUAUGCGCUUUGUUUGGAUUCACCCUUACACCAGAACAUUAUACUGGAGUGCAAAGCCGCCAGGAAUCGAUCAUGACGAAACAAAGUCUAAACGAGCUUUCAUCAAGGAUGUUUGGUCAGUUCCUUGCACGGAGAACCCUUGUUCAUCCGUUCCAUCAAAUCUGCUUAUUCGCACGUCUGUCAGGGAUUUGAUGCUCCAUGCUCAAACCAUGGACCAGCACCACCAAUGGAUCACAGCAUUAUGCUAUUUACUGGGACGUCCUGGACUCGUAGUUGAAGAAUCUGAUCAUCAUGUUGUUGCGCGCAUGUCAUCUCUCAACAAUAACAACAGCAGUAGCAGCUGUGGUGUUUCUACCUUAUCCGGCAGCAACACACUCUCAACCUACAGCACCGCAUUCUUGAAUAGUUCCAUCUUUCAAGGAAGUAGUAGCAGCACUUCUUCACCACAAGACAGUAUUUUUUCAGAUGCUGAUGACGACGACGACGACGAAGAUUUUGUUAACAUCCGCCAAUGCUGCAAUGGAAAACACGAUGUAUCUACUUUGGCUCGAAAGUAA